GGGGAGGAGCCGGCCGGGUCGCACCGCGCCCGCUCGCCGAGUUCAGGCCGGAGCAGCCAAACCCAGCCCCCUGGGCUCGGGGUGGGCGGGGAGGGCCGGCGGCCGGGCGCCUCCGCCGCACGGAGCCGGAGGACGGGCAAAACUUUCCUCCCAGCUGCGGCGAGGCACCGAGGCAGCGGGCGGAGGCGAGACGGGCGCUGCCGGCAUGGGCCCCGACAGGCUGCAGCUCGGCGCCUACGGCGGGGCCGCCGCCGCCGCCCUGCUGCUCUGGGCCGUGUGCGUGCUCUGCAAGAGGAAGAGGAAGACUGGAGAGCCCCCGCUAAUAAAUGGCUGGAUUCCUUUCCUUGGGAAGGCUUUGAUUUUUAGAAAAGAUGCUUUCAAAUUCUUAUUGGAUCAGCAAAAGAAACUUGGAGAUAUUUUCACUGUACAUAUUGCUGGUAGAUAUAUUACAUUUAUCAUGGACCCAUUUCAAUAUGUCUACGUCAUCCGAAAUAGCAAGCAACUUGAAUUCCAUGAAUUUGCUAAUAAAAUGGCUUCCAAAACAUUUGACUACCCAGCCUUGUCUAAAGCAAAAUUCCCAGAUCUUAAAGAAAACCUGCAUAGAAUCUACCAGUAUCUACAAGGCAAGCCUUUGGAUAUAAUUUCUGACCACAUGAUGAAAAAUCUCCAGGAUAUAUUUGAAUGGAAAUGCUCACAAGCAACAGAUUGGGAAACAGAAAAAAUGUACAAAUUCUGCUGCUCUGUAAUGUUUGAAGCCAGUUUUGUAACACUAUAUGGAAGAGUUCCUGCUGCAGAUGGCCACAAAGUUAUUAGUGAAAUCAGAGACAAAUUUAUCAAGUUUGAUGCCAGCUUUCCCUAUUUAGCUGCAAACAUACCAAUUGAGUUGCUAGGAGCUACCAAGAGGGUUCGGAAGGAGCUUAUACAUCAUUUUUUACUUCAGAACAUGACAAAAUGGCUGGGAGGGUCAAAAGUGGUCCAAGCCAGACAAGAUAUAUUUGAGAAAUAUGAGCUGCUCAGAGAUUAUGACAAAGCAGCACAUCAUUUUGCCUUCCUGUGGGCCUCUGUGGGAAACACGAUUCCAGCUACAUUCUGGGCCAUGUAUUAUCUUCUGCGGCACCCAGAAGCUCUUGCAGCGGUGCGUGACGAGAUUGACCAUUUGCUGCAGUCAACAGGUCAAAAGAGAGGGUCUAUGUAUAACAUCCACCUCACCAGAGAACAAUUGGACAACCUGGUCUACCUAGAGAGUGCCCUAAACGAGAGUUUACGAAUGUGCUCGUCUUCCAUGAACAUUCGCAUCAGCCAGGAGGAUUUUGUUCUCAAGCUUGAAGGGGAUCAGGAAGUCAGUUUGAGGAGAGGAGACUGGAUAGCCCUUUACCCUCAGAUUUUGCACAUGGACCCUGAGGUCUAUGAAGAUCCUAAGGAGUAUAAGUUUGAUCGUUACAUAGAAAAUGGCAAGAAGAAAACCACAUUCUACAAGGCAGGAAGAAAACUGAAAUAUUUCCUAAUGCCAUUUGGCUCUGGGAUCAGCAUGUGUCCAGGGAGGUUCCUUGCAAUGAAUGAGAUGAAGAUGUUUCUUUUCUUGCUUCUGGCUCAUUUUGAUGUAGAACUAGCAGAAAACAAAGCUGUCAGACUUGACAACAGUCGUAUGGGCCUUGGUAUCCUCCUGCCAGAUGUUGAUAUUGCCUUUCGUUACAAGCUAAGGUCCUUAGGAAAGUGAGUGGCUGCCUAUAUGCCUUCCACUAAUCUCAGUAUUUGCUCUGUUUCCUCACUCUGCUUUGUAUUUUUUUGGGCAUAUUUGCUUUUUCCCCUCUGCUUUCAUCUCCUUCCUGUUUGUUUCUGAGGAGAAAAGCCCUUGGACUGGAGGUAGAUGUCACACGCUGGGACAUGCAACCUCCAUUUGUCCUGCCUGAGUUCAUAGUGAGGUGAGUGACAUAGCGAGGUGAGAUGACAUAUCAUGAGUUGAGCAGGAUUUUCAGGGAGGCUGACCUCAAGCUGAAUCCAGGCUAUGUAUAUGGGAAACAUGGCUCAGCAGCUGUAUCUUGGGAACUACUUAAACUCCUUGGAAACGUGACAAUUCAGGUACACUGCACAGACGUCCUUUGAGCCAAAAGGCCUCAUUCCUUAACAGGGGCUCCCUCUUUUUAGAUUAAGAGGUCCCACAUACCCAUCAUCUGGAUGCAUCACUGCAUCUGCUCAAAGAAACAUGAUAGCAAGGAAGGGGGAACUUAAAAAGUUCUGUAAGGUGGAAAAAACCCUGUAAGGAAAGCAUUUUUAAUAAUUAUUAUCCUAACUUUUUAUUUACCCUGUUCCCUUCAUGGACCUAAGUGUCUUAAUCCUUAGUUGGGGAAUGCAAUGGAAGCUGUACGGGUGGAAGGGGUGAAUUUUGAGAGUGUCUUACUAGAAACACAUCUCUGCUGUCAGUGGUAUGUGCUGAGGGUGAAUGCUUUGUUCUUUGUGCAAAGCAAAGGAAUUAAAAUCUGUGAUUUUUUUCCUGUGGUCCAUUAAAGUCAGAGGGGAGGUUAUGUUGAUUUUAAUGGGCUCUGUAUCAAGCCUAGAUUAUCUGUUUUGGCUUUCAAGCCACAAAACUAAACUCUUCAGGGAGGAAAUAUAUGAGCCUGUUUGAAAUGAUGCUAUCAUCUCAAAAAAUUACCUUCUGUUUAUCUUACUGUUUUACUAGUAACGCGUCUGUUUAUUUUGUCAAAUUCUUGUGUUUGUUAGUUUCUCCAAAAAAGCAAAAGAAUGACAGAGGUCUUCGCGGAGAAGUGUGGUAUCUAAAACUACUUUCUAAUAGUGUUUUAAUGUGCCUAAGUUAUGCACAGGCAGAGUAAUCUAGCCUGUGUUUGAAUUAUCUACCUACAAAUUGGAAAGUUAUCUGCCUCGGUAGUUCCUGUUGGGGAUGACCUUCCGUAAGUCUUUAGUUCAACAUUCUUGAUCGUUUAAGGGGGAAAAAAAAGACAAAUGUAAAAGAAUUUGAGUUAAUUUGUCUUAAUACAGGGUUUUAGUCAUCUAAAAGCCAAACUACCCUGCUCAUUCGCAAUGAGCUAACUUGUGAUUGCCACCUUUUUUCCUGGAAUUUUUAACGUGUUGUAGAGUUGUCUUCUGAAUAAUAUUGCAUAACCUGGACAGUAAGCUAAAUGCAAGAAGAUCUAAAGUCCUAUCAUACCUAAUAAUUGUCUCCACAUCAACUGCAUUACACUUGCUGUUGAUGCUUCAUACCUUCUUGAAACAUGAUCUUCUUUGGGGCCAGAAUCUGAGCAAGUAAAAACCCUGGGCAGUCACAGAAUUUAGUUGUGUACUGGCUGCACAGCCUGCUUGACUGGCUGACAAAAUCUUUUUUCAUAAAUUAAUUCACUAGUGUGUAGGCUGUAAGAAGAUCUUUAGACCCUGUUUCUGUUCCCAGCCAUGACUUCAGAAUCUGAUGAGGAUUCUCUUCACUGUCCAGUCUCAAUUUGCCAAGAUGGUAAUUAUGGUGGGAGAGUAGCCAUGUCAGUGGGCUUUGUCCAGUGUUCCCAAAAAUCCUCCGAUUUAAAUGUGCCAGCAAAAGGUUUGCCCACGUGGCCAGCCAAUGAAUAAUAAUGCUGUACAUGAACAAGACUUCUCCUCGUGCUCCCAAGUGUCAUGUGUCAUCAAUCAUAGAUGUCGGACUGGAAGAAAGAUGAGCAGUUGCUGAAAGAGAAGGUUAGUUUGUCUAGCCAGCCCUUAAUCUGUUCUGUGUGAGGAUUUGCAUUUCUCUAGAUAGCUAACCAACCACGGAGUUGUUGCAGCUAUCCGAGCACGAGUUCAGAUUUGCCCUGUAGAUGCUGAGUGAAUUGCUGUCUCAUCUGAAGUUGGAGUGCCCAGAGGCAUUGUGGGAAAUUCUCAGUGCUUGUUGAAAAAGUCAUUAAAAAGAUCACCAUUUCCAGGAUUUCAUUGCUUGCACUGCUGUCUUUUUGGGGUGCCAUGCAUUGACGCUGUCAGAGGCAUGGUGCUCCAGAAAAGCCUCUGACACUCUACUCAGUGCAGAAGACACAGACAUCUGAAAACUUUGGCUUGACAUGUUUUACCCAAUGGAUAAUCAGUGCCACUAGCUAGUUUUAGAAUGAUGAGCUGAAAUUCCCUAUUCCUCAGUCUUGCAUUUCUUUUAAAAUGGGAAAUCUUAUUAAUCCCUAAAGCACUUGAUGGCCUGUGGAUGAAAACUGCUACGUACAUACUAAGAAUCAGAAUUAUUUAUGAUUAUUUGUGUCUAAGACUGUUCAGUUAUUCAUGUAAAGCACAUACGCUAAAUAAGCAUCGGUAGAAAGGCUUUCAGAGAUUGGCACAGCCACAUUCCAAGUCCUCAGAGGAGAAAAUUGUGUUUUUGUGAGAUAUAUUGGAUGAACAUUUUCUCUUCAUAUAUAAUAUCAAUAAUGUCUACAGCAUUGGAGUACACUUACAUUAAACAGGCUUUGCAGUUGAUUAAAUGCCUUAACUUUGCUUCAAUAUUUAAUCAACAGCAAAACCUGAUUAUUGCCUUGUGCCAUAGAAUAAAAAUUUGUUUUUAUAGAGAGAUUCUUGUAUUCAAGUUAGUUACUGCUGUAGUUACUCUGUAGGUAAGCACAAGAGCUAUUCUGUACUCAGCCAUAGCUCACAAUCUGGCUUGGACAUUAGAAGCUGUUUUAUUGAGAGAAGAAGCGUUGAUAUCAUUACACUGUUGACUGUAUUACAUUAUUGCUUAAAUGUAAGCUGUAAAAUGUCUCAUGCCACAGUUAUGAUAAAUCUUUCUUUGGCAUCCGACUUUGAAACAAACCUGAAGCAACUGCAAAAAUAACAGUAGGUAUUUGUUUGAAACAUAAGACUUUUUUUGUAAUUGUAUUCUAUUUUUAGGAUUUUGAAUUAGAAUAUCACAGGCUGCUGCAUAAUUUAGUAGGACAUAAUGGGACUCUGCCAAAAGUAAAUGCAAAUCAUUAGUAAUUUCAGAUUAAUUGCUGAUCAGUUUGUAUAGUAUCUAUUUUGAAAUUAAAAGAAGAACUAGGUUAUCGCCAAACUAGCAAAUUCAAUCUGUAGGCACACAUCCAUUUAAAUAAAGUGUCAGAACCUUUACAAGGGGUUGAAGGAAAGCUCCUCGAGGGCACUUCGAGGUCAUCCAUUGGGGUUGGAGAGCACUCUUUGCACCACACAAGAGACAAAAUUUGGCUGGGAUCAAGUUGUCCCCUCCUCCCCCCAGAAACUGGAUUAGUCAAACUUCAAACAAAGUGGGACCUGCCCAGCUUGUCCCAGAACCGUGCCCCGGUAACCCAUGCUGCAUCAAGAACCUAAGCAAUGUCCCGGUAGAUUACUUUUUCUACCAACCAGUGCUGCCAGCGUCACUAAGUUGGGGCCUGCAUACCUUAGCAUACCCUAUCUGCAGCAGAGUAAGCCUCGCCCUCGCUUAAAAGUCAUGUGUGUGAGAGCAGGAUAGAGGAAAUGGGAGGGCUGUUUUUUUCUUCUGGAUCGUCUGUUUGGCAGCUGAGUAGUUGACUCAUCUGGAGUCAGCAGCUGCUCCGACCAGGGGCGAGUCCGUGCUGGGGGAGCAGGGAGCGAAAGGCCCGUGGUGCCGGUGUCUUGCUCAGCAAGUCGAAGCAGCGCAAUGGCAUGAGCAGGCCUGUCCCCAGAGGUCCCAGCGGGAGCCCAGCUGGCUGCGACAUGCUGUGCGGAAGUGGAGUGCCAUGUCUGUAGGUGUGUUUCAUGACGUAGGGAGCAAUGCGGUUUUGGAUGGUGCCCUCUGCCACAGAGCCCGGGAGUGACAAGCUCUUCGUAUCGGUCACCAGGGCGUUCAGGUGGCAAAAUCAUCUAAGUAGAGACCUUAGUGCAGUUUGCAAGCUGCUGUUGGUGCUGCAGGGGUGGCGUGGUGGGCGAGAGUCAGGCCAUGCUUCCUCGUUGCUCCUUUGACCUUCGGAAGCAGGAGCUCCCCGCAAGCCCAGCCAUGCCGGGCUGCUUCACCUGCAGACCGGGCAGGCUUAGCCCGUGCCGUUUCGUGGGUCAGCCCAGAGGAGCAUGCGGGUGCCCCUCGGGUUCCUCUGUUGUUCCUCUAGUGAAAUGGUGCGUUGAGUGAUCAGUUUUAAAAAACUUGGCUGGUCAGUACCGGCCUCUUACAGUAAGCUGUCACUGCCUAUGGCUAUAAUGGUGUUUUCUUCUGCUAUUUAAAAAAAAAACAAACAACUUUUUUUCUGAUAUAAAAUUGGUAUACUAAGCCAGUGCAGCCCUUUAGGACCUGAAAAGGUGUUUUAAGUGAAUUCCCUGUGAACUAAUGUGAAUGCUAAAAUGUGAUUUUUUUAACUUUUUAUUUACAGAUUGUAUGUGCUCCGUUUUCAUGCUGGUGUUCAGUUCUGCUGUAAGCUAUUGUAAACCAUCUUUUAUCAAACUGUUAGACUACUCAAAAGAUCAUAUUAGUCUACGUGUACCUGUUCGUGAAUUAGACUUCCCCAUCUGUCAGUAUGUCAUAAUGUACUAACAAAAAACCCUGUAAGAGAUGUUGUUUAUCUUACGAUUUUGAGCCAGUUGUAUGUCACUGUUAUCAGCAUUGAUAUUUUUAUGAGUAACUACUGGCCUGUGAAUUUUACUUGUAGCAUUAUAAAUGAUCUUUUAUUUCAUUAUUUUUGAACUUUCUGACAUUCAAAAGAUUGUGAAUAGCGCUCAACUGUGCAAACUGACAUUAUGUAUAUAGAUGAACAAUGGAUAGAUUCUCCUUUAAUAGUUAAUAUCCAUCAUUAAGGUUCUUAGUUCAAAUAAGGUAUAUGGUGAAUUUCUGAGCAAGAAUAUUGAAACUUCAUUAUUUUAGCAAUCUAACAUCUUAAGUGAAUUUUGUAUUUCAAAGACACAAUAAAAUUGAAUAUAUCUAUUUUAAUACUGAA